GCGGAAGGCCCUCCAGUACCAGGAGGGCACCAAGAGGGAGGACAGGUACCUGUGCGGCCCGCGGCUGGAGGCGAAGCUCACAGGCCGGGCCGAGAUCGCGGUCGAGCGCUGCAAGGCUGGGUGGUUCUCCAGGCCGGACGGCGUGGAGCGGCUCCUGGCGUGGCUGGAGCGCAGGUGCUCUCGACAGGCUGUGCCAUACGUUGGCCAGGAGCUCGAGACAUUCUUGAUCAAGACGAAGCGCCGCAAGCUCGAGCCGAUGCAGCAGUGGACGGACCGCUUCGAGACAGGGCAGUCGCACCACUGGAGCGCUGAUGACCAGGACGCGGACGCCGAGGAGGAACUCGGGGACAUGCCGGAGGUGUUCCCUGGCCUGGUCUUGGGCUGGCUGAUGCUCGUGCGGUCGGGGCUCGUCUCGCGCGAGAGGGCUGCCAUCAUGACGGCGACGGGCGGCUCGCUGGAGGUCAACAUCAUCCGGGAGAAGCUGAUCUCGAGCUGGGAGGACGACGACCUGGCGGAACGUGACGGGCACUCGAGGUUCCCGAAGGCGUACACAGCUCAGCUUGGAGAAGAUGAUCGUACUUGGCUUGACGGAGACGAUGGACCAGACGCGAGCAGCUUCGCAGCCGACGUGGAGAACUGCGAGUGGCAGGAGGAAGACCCAGGCCAGGAGGAGGCGAACGAUGACGACAUCGAGACCUACUUGGCGGCUCAGCAGGAGGAGGCGGAGGCGCUCGCGAUCUUGCCGCCGAACGAGGGCCAGAAGAAGUGCGCGAAGUGUGGUGGAGCUCACUGGGUUCAGGACUGCCAGGACCGUCAUGACCCACGUCUCCGACCGGGAGCUGCAAGCACGCCGGAGGCGAGCGCGAAGGUGGCUGAGGGCAGGAAGGAGCUGAAGUUCAACCUCGUGGCCUCGCUGGUCGCCGAGCAGGAGCCCCAGGACUCGAAGUGCGAGGCGAUGUUCGCAGACCAGGCCAUCCGCGAGGGCAAGGGCAUCGUCGACUUAGGGUGCGCGGACGCCAUGGGUGGUGAGCGUGCGCUGGACAUCGUGGCCCGCAAGAACAUGGAGAAGUAUGGCGACACCAGGCUGCUGGAUGUGAACCUGGACUGCAGGCCAGUCUAUAGCUUCGGGAACGGCGAGAAGGAGCGCGCCUACGGACAGGUGAAGUUCGGCAUCGCGGGCGCGGGCAUGGAGGGCGACAUCGCCAUCAACGGCUUCUCGAAGGAUGUCCCGAUCCUGGUGUCAAAGAAGGUUCUGAAGAAGCUGGGGGCCGUCGUGGACUGCGAGACUGGGGUGGCCGUGUUCGUGAAGGUCGCGCCGGACAUUCCCGUUCAGCUGGAGGAGUCACCUGAUGGAGGACACUACUACAUGAGCCUGGUUGACGACUGGCUGGAGCAGCGCGUCAGGGACCAGAACCAGCUGCGGAACUUCAAGACCAUCUGCGAGAACAUGCGUGAGUGGGACUGCAAGCCCGUGGCCGCAGUGUGCCAGGGGCCGGUGCGUACAGAGGUCAGUCAUGUGAUCAGGGUUGCCUCGCAGUUGGUUGCGGAAUUCAUCGCAACAUUCGGUCGCGGCCUCAGAUGGGUCCCGCAGUUGAAGAUAGUGUCCUUCACAGUGCUCAUUCUCAGUCUCAGUUGGGCCCCGCAUCAGGUCUCAGAGCCGCAGUUCCUCACAGAGUUCAGUGCAGUGCAGGGCCUCUACAAGGCGGAGGUACUUCAUCUACUUCAGGAGUUCGGCCUGCCGUGCGGUCCGGCCUGGGGCGUGGACGAGCCGAAGCAGGUCCUCAAGGGGCGCGUGUUUCCGAAGGACGAGACGCCAGCGCAGGUGGCCAUGAAGGGCCUCCGCUCGAUGAAGAAGUCCCAGGUGCUGGCGAAGGCCGAGGAGGUAGGCGCCCACGUGACGCAAGGCAUGGCGAAUCCGUCGCUCAAGCUCUCGAUCCGCAAGGCCAUCUUCAUGAAGCACACGCCGGAGCCGACCGACUACAUGGGCUUCGGGAAGCACGGGGCCAUGACCUACCAGCAGGUUCAGAGCCAGUGCCCGUCCUACGCGUCCUUGUGCCAGAAGGAGGCGAACAAGGGGAGCAGCUGGGAGCUGGCCCGGUUUGCCUCGUGGCUCAACGAGCAGGAGAACAUCGACGAGAAGGCGGAGGUGACCAGGGAUCCGAAGGAGGUCCCGAAGGAGCCGGUCAAGGCUCGAGGGGGCGCGAGGUCAUCCCGCAGGAGGACGGUGGACGCGAUCGUGGAGGACGAGAUCGAGGAACAGGAGAAGCUCGAGGCUGCGAUCAAGGUGCAGAAGGAGGAGAAGGAGUCCAACCGCUUGGUCCAGGAGCAGAUGCUGGCGGCGCUGAACCAGCUCAACCAGAGUGGGUUCCAGUCCGAGUGGUCAGGCAGAGGGCUGAACUGCACAAAGGAGCUGGGCCCCAGGAAGCAGUGCUGGCUCGCCAAGUGCAUCAAGGAGAACGGCCACUUGGAGGACUUUGAGGCGCUGAUGGCUCACGGCGGCACAAAGCUGAUGGAGGUCGCGCGCAGCCCAACGUCCAUCCUGAGCUCGAAGAUGGUCGAGAAGUUCGGCGAGGACGCUGUAUGUCGCAUCGGGCUCGAGAGGCACGUGGUGAAGCUGGGCCAGACCACCUGUGGAUCAGUACGAGGUGCGGCCCGCUAUCGAAACCUCGCCCUCGGCUUCAACGGCUCCGACCCCAUCAGGGCCGAGGCCGCCAGGGAGCGCAGUGUGCAGGCCAUCAAGGAGUACAGGGGCGCGGUGCAGCUGGUGUGCGACCAGGUGGCCCAAGGCAAGCAUGUGCACUGGGAGUGGCCCAUCAAGUGCGAGGGCUGGGGCCGCGCGAUGAUCAGGAAGAUGGUGGAGGACUGCUCAAUUACUGUGGUGGGGGUGGCAGGCUGCCAGCUCGGCGUGAAGGACAAGAAGGGCCUGCCGCUGCUGAAGGAGUGGCUGAUCGCUACGACGUCUCCAAAGAUGGCCGCCAGGAUGUCCCUGGAGUGCUCAGGAGAUCACCGACGUGGAGAGCUCACAGGAGGCGGUCUCACAGCGGCCACCAGCUACUACCCGGACGAGUUUGCAAGGCGAGCUGUUCGGGCGAUGAUCGAGGGGGCCGCGCCUGACUACCGCGAGUUCCUGAGGUGCUUCGCAGAGCCCGAGGAGGUGAUCGACCAGGCGAUGGCAGCCAGCCAGGAGGAGACGAAGACGAACACAGACGUGAACUCGAAGGAGUACCAGCAUAUCAUGAAGUGGCUCACCUCGAUCCACCGUGGCUCAGGCAGGGUGCGCGUUAGCAAGCUGCUGUGCCACAUGGUUGGCGAGGGCCGGCGCAGGAAUCCUGUGUGGGCUGACCUCGAGCUGUCCUACGAGGAGCGCUGGAUGCCCUACUGCGGCAAGCCGCAGAGGGUAAAGGUGGACCCCGAGGGAUCCUGGAUGUCCAAGCAGGCGGCUGAGUACUUCGAUUCCGACUCCAUCGGGUACGAACCCAUACCUGGCCAGGCUCAUUGGCGCAUCUCUCUCGCCGAGGAGGCCAUCCAGGCCGCCGAGGGGGCCGUGGACAAGCUGGUGGCGGAGAACCCCGAGAUGGCGACGGAGGAAGCCCUGGCGAGGGCGACCGCAGCUGGGAACUCACGUGAAGAUGUUCGAGGACACUCGCCCCUUCAACAUGCCCUAGGACGGGCACCAGACCUGGGCGGGCACUUCUUUGAGAGCGACUUUGACGAGCUGCCCUACGUGGAAGCCCAGGGGGUCGACAAGGAGUACCUGAGACAGGUCUACAUGCGACGCCUCAGCAGGGCGGAGAACGCGAAGAAUCAGGCGGUGAAGUCCGCGGUGCCGGGCAUGUGGGUGCGCUACUUCAGGAAGGAGAAAGGCGAAGCUACGGGCCGCUUCAAGGGGCUCGCGAGGGUCCUGGCCACAGAGACAGCGCGGCCGGUAGACGGGGACCUUGGCGAAGGACGUGUUCUACACCCUGGGCGUGCAGGAUCCGUGGUGUGGCUUGUAAGAGCAGGGCGUAUCAUCAAGGUGGACCUCUGCCAGAUCCGAGCGGCUUCCUCACGGGGGAUCGCCUGCGCCGAGCUGAUGGGGGGCAAGGGCGCGCCCUGGACGGUCCGCGCCCUCAUGAAUCAGGCGCUGAACCACGAGUACCUGGACUUCACUGGCCACGACCCCACCGAGAACGACGUGGAGAUCUCGACCUGGGACGGACUACCUGACCCAGCCCCUCCAUUGAAGAAGGCCCGCGCAGGACAAGCUACAGGAGACGGCCAGACCUCAGGGAGCCGUUCAACACCGCCAGUGCGGAAGCGGAUUCUCAAGAAAGGACGCCAUCCAGGAGGGGCAGCCGACCAAGUUCGAGCGUCUCGAGCAGCCCUGGCGGAGGAGCAGAUGAAGGAGAACAUGGCUCUCAUGGCGAAGUCCACCCCAGACGCCCGGGUAUUUUGGGCUCGUCAGGGUACGUCGCUGGAGGUCUCCGUUGAGGUUCCAUUGGAGGGCAAGCCGCUCAAGCAGGCCACGAGGCACAUGAGCACCUACAUGGCGAGCCAGCUGCGGAAAGGCAAGCGCGAGAUCUCGGAGAGGACGUUGACCCCGGACGAGGUGGCGAAGUUCAGCCGAGCGAAGGCCACGGAGGUGAACAACUACAUUGUGUCUUCGGUGCUGGAAACACUCCCACCAGGAGUGGCCCCGCCUCCUGAGGACAUCAUGCGCAUGAGGUGGAUUCUCGAGUGGAAGGUGGACGAGAACACGGGCACGAAAAAGCCGAAGGCGAGGAUCGUUGUUCUGGGUUACAUGGGCCCCGAGUACGAGCACCGUCCGACUACCGCUCCAGCCAUGGCGAGGACUUCGAGGCAUCUGGUGCUGCAGGCGAUGGCGUGGUUGGGCUUCAAGGGCUACAUGGCGGACGUGACGGGAGCUUUCACGCAGAACCGAGAGGUCCAGCAUGACCUGUUCGUGAUGCCCGUGAAGGAGCUAGCGGCGGCCCUGGGGAUGCCCGAGGGUGUUGCAAUGCGGCUCAGGAAGGCGGUCUACGGGCUCGUGGAGGCAGCGAUCGAGUGGUUCAUGACCGUGAGCGAGGCGCUGGAGGAGUUCGGUUGGGCCCAGAUGAAGAUGGGCCCCUGCGUGUGGGUGCUCUACGGUGACGCGCAUGGCAAGGAUAACAGCUUCACCAAGGAGGCGCUGAAGGACUUCACGAACCCAGAGGUGCUGGAGGACCUGAUCGCGGCGAAGGGGGACCUGGACAUCAUGGCCAUUGUGGGUUCGCACGUGGGCGACUUCCUGCUCGGUGGCAACGACGCGGACCCCAGGUGGAUCACCGCCCGGGAGCAGAUCGAGAAGCGCUUCAAGUGGAAGGCCUGGAAGUCGGAGGAGUGCAUGCAGACGGGGGUGCGGAUCAAGCAGCAGCCCGACAGGAGCUUCCGCAUGGAUCAGAGCGAGUACGUGAAGACCAUCGAGAAGGCGCACCUCACCCCGGAGCGCAAGAAGGCCAAGGACAUGCCGACCACUGACAAGGAGAAGGGCCAGCUGAGGGCUAUCUUGGGAGCUAUCGGAUGGAGGUCCGAGCAGUCAGGUCCCAUGCAUUCGGCCGACACCAGCCUAUUGCUCAGCACAAUACCUUCUUCCACUGUGCAGACCAUCAACGAGACCAACCGCCUAGUUGAUCGUGUUCGUGAAUGUGCUGAUCUACCCGUGGUGAUCCACAGCCACUCUCAGUCGCAGGUGCUGGCGCCAGUGGAGUGGUCUGACUCUUCCGAGGCCAACCGACCCGAUGGGAAGUCCACGAAGGGCCUGGUGGCAGGCCUGGCACCUCUGAAGAUCCUCAAGGGCGACGAGGCGGACGUGAGCCUCAUCCUGGAAGGCGAGCUGUUCGGUAUCAAGUUGCAGUGGCUGGAGAUCCUGGGCAACAACAUCGACUGGAGGAGUCCCGAGGGAGUUCUACGCAGACUGCCAGGAGCGGUGGUUGUGGACUCAAAGGGCCUGUGCGACAAGCUGCAGACGACGGUCUACACCUUCCGGGGCAAGGAGAAGCGGACUGACGUGGAGGCGAUGACGUUGAAGGAAGGGGCGCAGGCGGCGAACAACUGGAUGCUCUGGGUACAUGGGGAUGCUCAGCUCGCCAACUCGCUGACGAAGGGACGCGAGCCGUGCCAGCUGCGGAUGUGCUUCAACAGCGGGCGCCGCUGGAAGUUGGUCUACGACGAGAAGUACCAGAGUGCGCGUAAGAGGAAGGCAGCUGGGAUCCAGCCGUUCGAGCACGUGGGAGUUGGCAUUCUCAAGACCCCAGGUGGUCCAACAGUUCAUGUCAAUGCAGUUGCGUGCCCCGACUUCCCGCCAUACGAGGUCAUGACCGAGUGCAGUUCAGACGAGGAGGUAGACUCAAGGAUGCUCAGCUUGGAGGACCCUUAUCUGUGCAAUUCCGAAGACGAGCAAGCCUGA